AUGCGAUCCAUAGCCAGAGCUUCUCGAACAUCGACUUCCCAACGAUUACCUACAUGCCUCCUCUCUCCUUUGAUCACCAGGAGUCGCAUCCCACCUAUCCCCACAAGCCGCAAUGUCCGACAUUUUGCUACCUCUUUCAGUGAAGAAAGCUCAGCAAGUAUCAUCCCGCCUGUCAUUGAUAUGGCAAAUCCUCAUAAAGAAACAGGCGUCAAACCACAUUUCAGAAAGAUACUGAUAGCUAAUCGGGGAGAAAUAGCAUGUCGUAUAAUUCGAACAGCUCGAAAACUCGGCGUGAAUACUGUAGCCGUCUAUAGCGAAGUUGAUAAAGGUUGUAUGCAUGUUGAGAUGGCUGAUGAAGCUUAUUGUAUUGGUCCUGCGCCCAGCUCCGAGAGCUAUCUGGAUAUCGAUAAGAUACUUGCCGUGGCGAAAGCAACUGGAGCCCAGGCAAUACAUCCUGGUUAUGGGUUCCUUUCCGAAUCUUCAGUGUUCGCAGAAAGGAUCAAACAUGCAGCAUUGGUGUUUAUUGGUCCUCCCAUUCCUGCUAUAAAGAGUAUGGGAUCCAAGAGGGAAAGUAAAGAAAUCAUGACUGCUGCCGGCGUGCCAUGCGUACCGGGAUAUCACGGAUCAGAUCAAUCUUUAUCAGCUUUAUCUGAGGGAGCCAAACAGACUGGUUAUCCAUUACUUAUCAAACCUACACAUGGUGGAGGCGGUAAAGGAAUGAGGAUAGUCAGAGAUCCCAGAUCUUUUCAAGAUGAAUUAGAAUCUGCUAAACGAGAAGCAAUAAAAUCAUUCUCAAAUGAUGAGGUGCUUUUAGAAAGAUGGUUGGAAAAACCUAGACACGUUGAAGUUCAAGUUUUCGCUGAUACCAAAGGGAAUUGUGUCGCUUUAUGGGAAAGAGACUGUUCAGUUCAAAGAAGACAUCAAAAGAUCAUUGAAGAAGCUCCUGCACCUGGCUUGAGUUCCGACUUCAAGAGAGAUCUAGCGGAAAAAGCGGUCGCAGCUGCAAAAGCGGUAAACUAUGUGGGAGCGGGAACAGUGGAAUUCAUCAUGGAUGCCGAAACAGGGGAAUACUUCUUCAUGGAGAUGAAUACAAGAUUACAAGUCGAGCAUCCAGUCACUGAAAUGGUUACGGGGAUAGAUCUGGUAGAAUGGCAAUUAUCAGUGGCAGCUGGAAAUCCGCUUCCUCUGACUCAAGAUCGAAUUCCAUGUAUAGGUCAUGCGUUUGAAGCUCGUAUAUACGCCGAAAGACCUGAAUCAAACUUCUUGCCUGACGCGGGGAAAUUGCUACAUACUAAAGCACCUGUCAACGUACCGCACAGACUUGAAACUGGGUUCUGGGAAGGUGAUGAUAUUAGUUCAUACUAUGAUCCUAUGAUCUCCAAACUCAUCGUUCACGGACCUGAUCGAUCAUCCGCACUCUCACUUCUGCGUUCUGCCCUAGGAGAAUAUCAAGUCGUCGGCCCUUCGACCAACAUCGAAUUCUUGAAAGCUGUAGCUGGACAUGAAGUGUUCGCUGCUGGCCCCGUAGAGACCAGUUUCGUACCUACAUACCACGAUGAUUUAUUUCCAGCUAGAUCCAUCCCAAAAGAGGUCUUAGCGCAAGCUGCUUUAUAUCUGACUUUGCGAUCCGAGAAAUUGCAUAAAUCAUUGCCUAGUUCACCUUGGACAAACCUCGUCAAUCGUCGAUUUGGUGAUUCUUCCAUAAAGUCAUAUAAGAUCGAUAACCACUCCAUUGAAAUUGUUGAGCUCGAUUCGGGUUAUUCAGUAAUCAUCGACAAUGAGCAACCCAUUAAGAUAUCUUCUAGUCACUUAGACGGUGAAGUUGAUAUGAUUAGUCAAGUCGGUCAUUCUCAUUUGAAGAGUACUGUUAUACCCGUUCAAGUACAAGGUAAACAAGGAGAAGAGAAAUUACAUGUUUUUUCAAAUACAUCACAUUAUACAUUAUCUGUUCAACCUACAUUAUCCUUUACUGAUCAAUCCACCUCCAGUAUUUCAAGUUCAACUUCCAGUGACAAGUUGAUCUCACCAAUGCCAGCGACGGUGAUUGAGGUUCGCGUGAAACCAGGAGAUCAAGUGGCUGAAGGCCAAGUAUUAAUCGUAUUAGAAAGUAUGAAAAUGGAAAUUUCAAUUAGAUCGUCAAGAGAUGGUAUUAUCGAUAAUGUAAAUGUUGAAAAAGGUAAAGUCGUUGAAGAAAAUGAAGUUUUAGUUGAAUUGACACUGGCACUGGAGAAACCUGUGGAAUGA